UUCAAAACGUUUCAAAAAUCUUGAUGAUACCCGUGUGGUAAAAGGAGCUGUUAAAUUAGGAUGGAUUCAAGGAGUAUUUGUAAGAUGUUUGUUAAAUAUUUGGGGUGUCAUGCUAUUCCUCAGGUUGUCAUGGGUAAUCGGCCAAGCUGGUAUUGGUUUGGGAUCUUUGGUCAUACUUUUGGCAACUGUUGUUACAACACUCACAUCUUUAUCAAUGUCUGCAAUUUGUACAAAUGGAGAAGUAAAAGGAGGAGGAACAUACUACAUGAUUUCACGAAGCUUAGGGCCAGAAUUUGGAGGAGCCAUAGGUUUAAUAUUUUCAUUAGCUAAUGCAGUUGCUGUUGCUAUGUAUGUUGUUGGAUUUGCUGAAACUUUAGUACAAUUGUUGGUUGUUAAUGGUAUGCAUAUAGUUGAUGGUGAGAUGAAUGAUGUUCGGAUUAUAGGAUGUAUCACAGUUCUUUUUCUCUUUGGAAUCGCAAUCAUCGGAACCCAAUGGGAAUCGAAAGCUCAGAUAGUAUUGCUUGUUGUUUUAUUGAUUUCUAUGGCAGAUUUCAUUAUUGGCUCAUUUAUUCCACCUGGUGCACAUAAAAAGGCUAAAGGAAUUGUAGGAUGGGAUUUAGAGGUCAUGAAAGAAAAUUUUGGUCCAGAUUUUAGAGGAGAAACAUUUAUUUCUGUGUUCUCUGUUUUCUUUCCUGCGGCUACUGGAAUUUUAGCAGGAGCAAAUAUUUCUGGUGAUUUAGCAGAUCCACAAACUGCUAUUCCAAAAGGAACCUUUCUUGCUAUAAUCAUUACAACUAUAAGUUAUCUAUGGUUUGGCUUUACUGCUGGAUCUGUUGUUCUAAGAGAUGCUAAUGGAAAUGUAACUCUUGCAUCAAACGGGACUGACUUAAUCGGGGACUGUUCUCUUGCUGACGAUCAGAAAUGUAAAUAUGGACUGAUGAAUUACUAUGAGGUUAUGGAAACAGUUGCUGGUUUUGGACCAUUUAUCUAUGCAGGUAUUUUUGCAGCAACAUUAUCUUCAGCUCUUGCAAGUCUUGUAAGUGCUCCUAAAGUUUUCCAGGCAUUGUGUAAAGAUCGAUUAUUUCCCCAUAUUCACUUCUUUGCCAGAGGCUAUGGAAAAAGUGGUGAACCAAGACGAGGAUACUGUUUAGCAUUUGUGAUUGCUUUAGGCUGCAUUGCUAUAGGGGAUCUGAAUUCUAUAGCCCCAAUCAUAUCGAACUUCUUCUUAGCUGCUUAUUGCCUUAUUAACUUCUCGUGUUUUCAUGCCACAUUUGCUAGAUCUCCAGGAUUUCGUCCAUCAUUCAAAUAUUAUAAUCUGUGGUUAAGUUUACUUGGAGCCAUCUUGUGCCUUUCAGUGAUGUUUAUAAUGAAUUGGUGGACUGCUUUGCUUACCUUUGCUUUAGUUCUGGGAUUAUAUAUUUAUAUUUACCACAGGAAACCUGAUGUAAACUGGGGAUCAUCAACUCAAGCUCAAACAUACAAAACAGCUUUAAGUUCAGCUUUGAGGCUAAAUCAAGUACAUGAGCAUGUUAAAAAUUACAGGCCUCAAAUUCUGGUAUUAACUGGAUGUCCUAGCAGCAGACCUCCUCUUGUUGACUUUACAUAUCAUAUUACCAAAAAGAUAAGUCUGAUGGUUUGUGGUCAUAUAAUUAAGGAUAAAAUAAGCCAAAAAGUAAGGGAUGCUUAUAAUAGACAAGCUUAUCAAUUUCUGCAUAAACGGAAAAUCAAAGCAUUUUACACUUUGGUUGAAGAUGAAUCUUUUUCAAGGGGAGCUCGUUCCCUUAUGCAGGCUACUGGUGUAGGUAAAAUGAGACCAAAUGUUGUAUUCAUGGGCUACAAAUCAAAUUGGCAAGAGUGUGAUAUUGAAGAAGUUCAGCAAUAUUUCAAUAUAAUUCAUGAAUCAUUUGACAAGCACUUGUCUUUAGGAAUUCUCCGUCUCCAAGAAGGCUUAGAUUAUUCUGAAUUCAAUGAUAUUGAGGAAAUAGCAGAAAUCCCUGUAUCAAAUGGAAAGAAAGCAAGACGUCCCUCAUUUUUAAAACCUGAACCAAGUGAUGGGCUUCCUAGAAAUCUAUCUAGUGCCCAGUUAUCACAAGCUGGUAGUUCACGUGAAUCUUCCCCACCAUCAACUCCAGCUACUGAAAGAAAGAAUCCAGGAGAAGAAAAUAAUCAAGGUGUAAGCAGCACCCAGGUUGUACGAGGUCUGUCUAAAGCGAUUCCAAAAGAUGUCCUCACUUCUGUGAAUCAGUUCCAAAGGAAACAGAAAAAAGGAACAAUUGAUGUCUGGUGGCUGUAUGAUGAUGGAGGCCUGACAAUGCUGAUACCUUAUCUUCUAACAACACAUUCUCAGUGGAGUAGUUGCAAACUGAGAGUUUUCUCCUUAGCCAAUAAGAAAGAUGAACUUGCCAGGGAGCAGCGCAAUAUGGCAGCUCUUCUAAGUAAAUUUCGUAUAGAUUAUUCUGACGUAAUGGUUAUCCCUGAUAUCACAAAACCACCUCAGGAAUGUAGUAAGCAAGAUUUUGAAAAUAUUAUAAGUAAAUGGAAAGAAAAAGAUGAUUCAGAAAAUGAAAAUCCCAAUUUGAUAUCCAUGACUGAAAUUUUAGCAUUAAAAGACAAAUCGAAUCGACAUAUCCGUUUAAGGGAACUGUUAAUACAAUAUUCUCAAGAUGCUGCACUUAUUGUUAUGACACUUCCUAUGCCACGUAAAGGCACUUGUUCCGCACCCAUGUAUAUGGCCUGGUUGGAAACCUUAACAAGAGAUAUGCCACCAUUUCUAUUAAUUCGAGGAAACCAGACAAGUGUUCUAACAUUUUAUUCCUGAUGCUUUUAUUUUGUUUGCAUGUGUAAAGAGCAAACUGCAUUUAGUAACAGCAUUAUUGUGCCUUUUUUGUUUAGAAAAGUGCUCUGCAAAAUAUAUUUUUGUACACCAUGAAAUGCCUUUAGAACUGUUAAUGUAGAGAAGCAUUUUAUAUCUGAGUUUUUUUUUUUUUUUU